AUGGAAAGCAAGGUUUUUUGGCUCCUGACCAUCUCGAUGAUUGUAGGGCUUAGCAGUACCUCAGAAAACUCUAGUGAAUGCAAUGUGCACCCCAAAGCAAGGGAAAACUGUGGGUUUCCAGGCAUCACGGAGACAGAAUGCUUAGAACAAAAGUGCUGUUUUGACUCAGUCAUCCCAGACGUGCCCUGGUGCUUCGGACCUCUGUCUCCAGAUUGCUGCUCCUAG